ACGAGACACGCUAACGCUAGUGUCCUGGGAAGCUGGCUUUCUGACUGAGCAGCGACGAUGGCGCAGAACUUGUAUGGUCCUGGAGUCCGGAUGGGCAACUGGAACGAAGACGUCUUUCUGGAGGAGGAGCGCAUGAGAGACUUCCUAGAGAAGAGGGAGAAGGGAGAACUUCUUAUACAGAGGAACAGAAGGCUGAAAAAGAAUCUCUUGAGACCGAUGGAGCUUUCGGUAUCGCAAGAUGGCUUUGUCCACUACGGUGAUAAAGUGAUCCUCGUGAACCCUAACCACGCCCGGGGGGAGGAGGCUGGCGUGUUUUUGGAAGGAGACCUGUGCCUGUGUGUGAGUCCGGAUGAAAUUAAAGCACAGCUAUGCGAUGAGUUGGAAAUACCCUGUGCUGUGAGUGCUGUCCAGACCACCGUCCCGACGGGCAGGAACACCUUCACCAUUUUGAGCGAUAGCACAGACAGGAGUGCUGUGGGCCAAGUCCUUAGAUAUGGGCAGAGCUUCUGCCUCGGGAUAGCCGCCGGCCUGGAAUGCAAGAUGCUCUAUUUAUCGAGUGACCACAGGACCCUUCUGAAGUCCUCUAAGAAGUCCUGGCUCCAGGAGGUGACUCUGACAGAUGAGAACUCCCAUCUGAACUGCUGGCAGGCUACCUUUCUCGACCCCCAGCUGCGCCUGGAAUAUGAAGGCUUCCCAGUUAGGGCAAAUGAAAAGCUUGUCAUCUACCAUCGUCACACAAACCGAGCCUUGGCAGCCCAUCGGCAUCUCCCCUUAAGGACCUACUUUGGGAAGGAAGUUGAGGUUGCAGCUCACACACAUCUGGAUUCACACAAAGUUGAAAAACCCAAGAACCACUGGAUGCUGGUUACUGGGAAUCCCAGGAACAAGGCGACCACCAUGCUGGACCUCCCCAAACCUCCCACAGAUGACACCCGUGCUGUGGAGCAGGCCAUGGGCAUCAGCACAUAGUGACACACACCAGGCACACAUGGGGCCUCUUGGGCCCUGUUCUCAGCAACUGUAGGUCUUAAAGAGAAAUGAACAAUCUUGGUUGUGUCCCACGCAGUUUUUCAAUAGGGUGCAGAACGCCAGGAACACGGUAGUAAAAUAAAUAUCAUAUUAAACUUAUUGAGUUAGUGAUGGGGGCCUAGCUGAAAGGAGUAAGUGGUGUCUGAAAACAAUAGUAUUUGAAGUUAGAUCAGCUUUUGCUGAUAUCCUAAUUGUGGCGAGCUCAGUACCCCCACUCAGAGCCCCUUGCUUAGCAGGCCCUGCAAAGCCUAUGCUCCUUCCCAAAGCUGUGUUUAUGUAAUAAAGAA